AUGACGCUUGCGGAGCCUCCGAGAAGCCGGGAGGGAACGGUGCCAAAGGCACGGCUCCUGCGCGCCUUCGAAGCCGCUCUGAUCGGCGUUUGCGUCGCCUGCUUCUGCGUGGAGGGCGACUCGUCACGCGCCGGUGUGCUGUCCGUGGAAGAUGCCACGAACUUCAUCUUCUGUUUGGAAUACCUGGCCCGUGCCUGGGCCAACGACUUCCAGGUCACCUGGUUCAUCAAAGGGUCCUCCAUGAUUGACCUGCUCUCGUGCCUUCCCAUUGUGGAGAAGGCGGCGUCCCUGAGCCCCACAUCGGAGAUGAGCCUCGAGCUGACGCUGCUCCGCUCCAUACGCUUCCUGCGCAUCUUCCGGCUUCUGAAGUCCACGGCCAUGAUCGAGGACAGCAGCGGCCGACGGCGCAGGUCCCUUGGCCUCUCGGUGCUUCGGAUCUUGGUUUCUGCCGUCGGGACCCUCUCCAUUUCUGCCGGCCUGCUUUGGAGGGUGGAAGGCCAGAACGGGAUCAACCCAGCAAUCAACUCUUUUGGCGACGCCUGCUUCUACAUGCUCAACGUGUUCACUUCCCAGGGCGCGCCCUUUCCCGUGAUGAGCACACAGGGCCGGUUUGUGACCGCGGCCGCCAUCCUCAUCGGCUUGCUGUCGCUGCCCGUGCAGGUGUCCGAGCUCUUGUCCCUCCUGCGGACCAUGAAGGCGGAGGACCGAACCGACCCAAACGACCCAAGCGACCCAAGCGACCCAAGCGACCGAAGCGACGGCGCCACGAGCAAGGGCCUCAAUGGCCUCGAUGGCAUCAAAGGCCCCUGCCCCAGCGACAGCCCUACGGCCGACAGCCUAAGCCAGGGUGACGGAGGCUUCCUGAGCAUCUCGGUGCGCGACUUCUGCAGUGAGGCCGGGAUCAGCAGUGCGUCCCUGGAGCCCGGGUUCUUGGACGUGGAGGUCGGGGAUUUCUUCACGGUACUGGAGGAUGCCUCCACUGCCCCGCACAUUGCGCCGCCGGCCGUGCGCUUGAAGCUGCUGGCCGCCCUGGUGCGCCGAAAGCGGCAGUUUUCCUUACCAGACCAGUUCAAAAGGAGGAGGAGAGGAGUGGAGGGGCAGUAG